AUAUACGUAUUCAAUUUCGAUGGUCUGUGGUCUGUGAUCUGGACGGUUUAUUACAAGUGUCAGAGUCAGAACCUCGUAAGUGUAUGUAACAGAAAAUUGAAUGCCGUUCGGAAGAACAUCGAAGUAAUUGGAAAAUGUACAAGUAUGAUCUUGACGGAGUUCUAGCUUCGUCAACUGUGUCGGCGCGAAAAUUGUUACGAGAAACUGAACGAUCAAAGUUGAGAUCACGCGUGUCACCGACGUCAAGCAAUGUUUCCGACGUUCCACACAAUCACAGUCGUCGAUCGUAAACCGCUUAAUAUAACCAAUCCGCAUUAGCCUGUCGUGAGUCCAAAUGCAAAUAAAACUGAUCCAAGGAUGCACGCCCGAUGACUGAAUCAGGAUUUGAAGAAACAUUUACGAAUUAACAUUACAUUCGCUCCCGAGAUUGGUGUAAUGAUUAUCAAAGCAUUCGACGGUUUAUACUGGAUACCGAAAUUUCUCAUCAAUAAGAUCCUGAUUUAUUGACAUAGGCGAAAGGAUAAUAAAGAUGACGGAAAGUUUGAUAAAUGAAUGGCUAGUUGAUUGUGCAGAUGUCUCGUCAUCGGAACUCCACUCUUUCGCGACCACCUUGUCUCAAGACAAUGAAAUAGUCCGAGCACUUUACGUACUUCUAGAAGAACGUAGCAAAUAUAAUCAGUUGGUGGAUACUGUAUGUGAUCAAUUGUAUAAUUUUUAUCGUUCUCGUGAAACAGAAUUGCAGAGGUUCACCUUGCAAUUCUUACCAACGUUAGUAUACAUUUACUUGAAUUCUGCAGCUCACGGUGACAUCAAGAACUGUAGGUCUGUAGAAACGUUAUUGAUUGGCCUGUACAAUCUAGAAAUAGUAGAUAAAUCUGGACAACAGAAAGCAAUCUCUUUUAGAUUACCAUCACUUGCCAUGCUCUCCAUUUUUCAUGAGCCUGCCAGUCUGGCACCCGCUUCUUUAACAGAGAGCGCAGUGCGCAGAUUCGAGGAGUGCAACACGAAACUUGUUAGUUGGGGUCCUUUACAACAAGUCGAAACGUUAAAUGCGCAGAACAGGUUAAAAGUAAUGACCGCUCUCCUUUUUAUUUACAACCAGCAACUCGGUUAUAUAAGCAAAUUCGCCCUGGAACAAUUGUGCAAAGUAGCCACUAAACUUGUCACUCAAGGCUUCAUGAAACCGGGACAUCAUCAGCGAUCCUCGUACGGAAGCGAAUCCAGUUUCGUUCCGAGACUUUUACCGCGCAUACCAGUCUCCAGUCAAUUUCUUCUUGAGUUUGUACACGCUGUAUAUUUCGCUAUGUAUAAUGACUGUUGGUAUUUAGGAACACAAGCAGUGGAGGAUAUCCAUAAUCGUGCAUGUUAUGAGACGUAUCCAGACGUUAUGCUAGUCACAAAUGCCAUACGCAACUCUGCAAGCACUGGAUCGUCAGGUCAACCGAGCGAAGGGUCGAUAGGUAUUAGCGUUGCGUUAUCACCAGCGACCGCCACCGCGACGGUAUCUAAAUCAAUGAUUACAAACGCCUCGUUCCGGACGAAAAAGCUACCAGAUGAUAUACCGAUUCAAGAAAUGAAAGAUGAUUCCGGUGGCGAAGGUAAGAGUAAUCUUGUAUCGAUCACGGAAGAGGAAACGAUAGAACCGAACAGAAUUGGUUCGAUGAGACAAUCGAAGGAUCAAAAGACUGCGUCGAAAAUCACGAAUUUCCCAGUACUUGGAAAGAAACCACGGGAUGGUAAGACGUCUAAGAACGUUCACAUUACCUUGUCCGAAAAGGAAAAGAAGCUCGGGUCUCAGGCGACGUCGAAGGAGAGCAUCAAAGGUAGUUCCUCAAUGUUAAAUAGUGAAUCGACAGAGAUCGAUGGUAAUGUUAAUGGGUGUUCAGCAAGGAAAAAGAAUAAUAGUGUAGAAAAUAAUUCAGUCGCAGUAGAUAAUAAUGUUCCAUUGAUGGACGGCGAUCGCCUUGCUCUAGGCGGGGACAUAGAUAAUACUAAUAUGGAAACUUCUAUUAAUAUAAGAACACAUAAUGAAACGGAACAACUGACUUCGUCUAUACAGGUCAGUUCUGUCUAAGUUAAUGCAGUUGGAUUUAUAAAAUCAAGAUAACAAGACAAUAGUAAUGGACUAUAUUGAACAAUUGCAAACAGUUGUGUUACAAAUUCUUUUUUAUCCCUCGUUUAAUUACACGAGUACUUGUGCAUUUUCUUUGAUUUUAAGAAACUAUACAAAGCGUUUUAUGCGUAUCAUCUUCAGAAAUGUAAUAUUAAAUCGGGCGUGGUCCAUUACUAUAAUGAUCUCUACGGCUAGUUGAGAAUAAAAGAAAAACUAAUAAAAAAAGUAAUGGGGAAGGGAACAAUAAGCUAAAAUUGUAUACUUUCCUUUAAUAAUGUUGAAACAACGUCAUUAUAUAUAAAUGUAAAAAUACAUUUAUAUUGUCUUGAAAUAUUUUUGCUUGUAACUCUUCAGAGAUUUUAAUUGUUAAAAAAACGAUAGAUCGUCUAUUGAACCAACAUUUUAUUUAAAACACAAAAUGUACUUAUACACAUACUUUCCUAAAGUUAUGUUAAUCAUUAAAUUAAAUCGUGUUUCUCUUCGCGCUUGGAUUAUUUAAUUUUUUGUAGUAGUUGCAUUAAUUCAUUGGCAAUGUUCAAAAAUAUUCUUAAAAUAAACGACGGAUAGUGGCUAGUAACUAAAAGCGGGCCAAUAAUUUCGUUCUGUACGCUAGAAAUUGAUUGAAAGGGUUUGUAUAGUUUCAUAAAAAUAAUAUAUUUUAUUACACCUUCAAAAGUCAGCCACUCUGUGGAGAAAAUCCAGAGUGGCUGGUUGGCGCUUUAAAGUAGAAAAGAGAAAUUAGAUGAAUCGUAACUUUCCUAACAAUGAUAUUUUCUAUAACAUCUUUAACAUCUAUCUACAUAGAGUUGCCCGUAAUUUAUGUUUAGAUAACGAUGUGUUUUUUUUUUUACAUAUAAAUUUCUAAACGAUAAAUGUUUUUUAUCUCUCACUAUCACGUCUGUAAAUGACGAUUUUAAAAUAAUUUGUAUAAGCGUGUUUUUCCACAACUUUAAUAUUAAGAGACCUAAGGUCUUUCAAUUUAUACUUUUGAUUAUACUUCUUAAUUUAUAAAAUUGGAAAUACACAGAGACAAGAGUUUGAAGCUAAAUAAAUCUUUGCAAGUCUAACAGUACAUCAGAAUUAGAUAUCAGAAUUGGCAUUUGCUUGAAAAGACUGCAUUACAUUAUCGGUUUGACGAAGAGAAAAAAGAAAAGUAUACUGCGAUGUUUCGUGUUUUAAUUAUUCAAGAGUGUUUAAUGAGGUAUUAAUACGAAUGUUAAUAUUAAAUCAAAAGAAGCGAAAGAGGAAAUAAUAUGAACGUGUGUUUGAAGCAAUCAUUUAAUUAUUGUGAUUUCUAAAAAUUAUUAUAAAUAAUCCUAAAUUCAGUCUAUCGACUAAUAGAUGAAAGAAGGCUGAUUUGUAUCGUACUCCCUUAAAAGGAUGUAACUUUGCGUAGUACUACUGUCUUUGUGAAAAUUGAAUGUACAUCAAGAUCCAUUUAUAGUUAGGUAAUUUAUAUAACGAAAGACCCGUCUUAAUUAAUCAAGUUCUUCGAUUAGAACAUUCAACUUGUCCCUGUGCGUAUAUUUGCAAUUAUUAUUAAUACAAUGUACAAUACUUUUUUUAAUUGAAAAUAUUUUUAUUUUUAUUUCUCUUUUAUUACUAAAAAGAAGUGCAAAUGUAUGUUUGUAUAUUUCUUUUAGUAUUGCGAGCAGUCAUUUACGUAUCUUUUAUCAAGUAAGACUUCGAUGAAACCGAAUGAAUUAACACACUUUCUAAUAAUUUAUAGAUAGUAUACUGUUGCGAAACAAAUACGGAAAGGAAGAAUAGUUUUGUACAUUAUUUGAACGUUCUACAUUAAUCGAUACCGGAGACACAGAAACCUUAAUUAGGUAGAUUAAUUUAUGUAGAGGGGAGCCAGGAUUUAGUUUUCUGUAUCACUGCCAUGAUAGUGUAAUUUAAUCAAGUAAAAAUUGUAUUUGACGACCUGUGUUUCAUAAGUUCGCCUGAUUAUAUACUUAUAUAAUUGUAUUUAAACAUGAUAAAACUUAUAAACUUAAACGAACAAGAAACAAUACGAAUUGUAAGUAUUAACGAAUUGCAGGGAGAGAACAUUUAACUAAUAAAGAGUGAUAAGUUAAA